GCGGCGCUGAGCGUCUUCCAGUGGGUGCUCACCUUCCUCUUCUUCGGCAUCUUCUUCACCAGCCUCCUCGUCGGCCUGCUCUUCACCUCCUACUGGCUUGUCACAGUCCUCUACUGUGUUUGGUGGAUCUUUGACUGGGAGACCCCAGAGCGAGGUGGCCGCCGCAGCGACUGGAUGAGGAGGUGGCGGCUCUGGCAGCUCCACCGGGACUAUUUCCCCAUCAAGCUGGUGAAGACGGCGGAGCUGCCCCCCUCCCGGAACUACGUGCUGGGCUCCCACCCCCACGGCAUCAUCUGUGCCGGGGCCUUCUCCGCCUUCUGCACGGAGGCGACCGGCUUCUCACAGACCUUCCCGGGCCUCAAGUCCCACCUCGGCCUCCUCAGCGGGCUCUUCCACCUGCCCGUCUACCGCGAGUACAUGAUGAGCUCAGACAGGCGCUUUAACCAACUAAGCCACGGCGCCGCCUGCCGGCUCCAGCUCGACCCGCCGCCGCUCUUCUCUGGCAAGCCCCGGGCCGGACGGCUUCGCUCCUGCCGCCGCCGCCGCCCGCUCUCAAUGGGGCGCUUGUCGGGGCCGGGCCGAGCGCGGCUAAUGAGCGGGGCAGCUGCCAAGCGCGCUAAGGGGCCACCCGCAUCGCCCCCCCACCCCACCCCCGGAGGCCAGGAGCCGGGCCCGCAGCCAGCGCCCUCGCCCGGCGGCUGGGGGGAGGCCGGAGGCGCCCUGCGGCGCGCCUCAGCAGUCUCCGGGGAAGGAGGCCUCCGCACAUGUGCAGAGAACAAAGCACCCAUGAAGCUGGAGAAGGCCCGCCCAGAGCCGCCGCUGGAGUUUGCGGUCGCCACCGAGAAGGAGUUUGAGGAGAUCCUGGCCAUGUCCAAGGGCAUCUAUGGGGGUCUCGACUACCUCCCGAGCCGCUACCACUCCUGGAUCCGUGAGCCCAACCGCACCGUGGUGCUGGCCAAGAAGGAUGGAGCAGUGAUCGGGCUCCAGUCUGUCUACAUCGUAGAUGCUGGUGAGACAGUCCUGGUGGAGGGGCUGCGCGUGGCCCCCUGGGAGCGUGGCAAGGGCGUGGCCGGCAUCUUGCAGCGCUUCUGCCUGGAGAUGGUGAAGGAGAAGCACCCCAGUGUCAAGGUGUCGCGCCUGACGAGGGACGACAAGCUGGGGCCCAAGGACUUCAAGAAGUACCGGGUCAUCGCCAAGCAGGGGAUCCUCCUGGUGCGUUUCAAUGCCCAAGAUCUCCUGUCUCGCCUGGACGUCACGGUGUUGGCCCUGGAGGAGGGCGGCUUCUGCCCGGAGCCGUCUGAGCUGCUCGUGGCGGGCGAAGUGGCCGAGAUCGUCCUGCGAGAGUCUUUCCGCAGCGAAGUCCUCCCUAACCAGACCAUCAUCCAAGACUGGCAGCCCUUCAAGGCCACGGCCAGCAACCUGGGCCUCCUGCAGAAGAAAGAGCUCUGCUGGGUGGUGGACAAGAAGUCCCGCCCCACCGUGGCCACCCUCAGCACCCGCCCCUUCCCCAUCCCGCUGGGCAAAGACUGGUUCUAUCUCAACAUCGAUGUCUUUGGCCACGCCCUGGCCCACGUCAAGAGCCAGCUGAUCCACCACCUCCGCCUGCAGGUGCCCAGCCUCCAGGGCAACGUGAUGUGCCAGCUCUUCCUUGAGCCAGCGCUGUGGCUGGACAUGGCUGAGUUCUGCCAGGGGGCCCUGGGCCUGGAAUUGGCCAAGGACUACACUGAGCAGUACCUCCUGGAGUCUGACGUCUAG